GAUACUAUUCAAAUGAUCUUAAACGGCAUGCAUCCAGUUAGACUGAGGUCGCUCAUGACUAGGAGAGUUACUCCUGUAGGUUAACUGGUUUAGUAGCCUCCCGACUUGUUCCACAUCUGUUGUGCGUUCUGUUCAAAGUCAAGGAGAAAUGAUUGAAUACGCAUUUUUGCACAAAAAGAAGAAAAGGAGAGAAAAUAUGUUCUGUGUUUUCGGAUUUUUUCUAGUCCUGCAUUGCAUGGUUUAUUUAAUAUACGAAAUUGCAGUAACUUCACUGGAGCUCAAUUCUAAAAGAAAACGCCGGGAUGUUGAGAACGAAACGCAAUGCAUAUCCUCACAGUCGUCUGAAUUACCUGAGGGGUUUUUCACAGCACAGGAGUGGAAGGACGUUGGAAUUAUUAUAUAUGUUUUGAUCAUUGUUUACAUGCUUAUUGCAGUAUCCAUAGUUUGUGACGAUUACUUCUUACCAUCGCUCGAAAUUAUCAGGGAACGUCUUGGGCUUUCUCCUGAUGUUGCAGGAGCUACUUUUAUGGCAGCUGGGAGCUCGGCCCCAGAACUGGUAAAAGCAUUUCUAGGGGUUUUUGCGACGAAGGGAAACAUUGGUGUUGGUAGAAUUGUUGGAUCGGCAGUCUUCAAUCUCCUUGGUAUUUGUGCUGCGUGUGGACUCUUUACGUCUGUGGUGGGUCGUCUCUCCUGCUGGCCUUUGUUUAGAGACAGUGUGGCAUAUGCCAUUAGUGUGGUAGCUGUGCUUGCUGUCAUUUCUGAUAACAAAGUAUACUGGUACGAAGCAGCCAGUUUGUUACUGGUGUAUGGGCUGUACAUUGUUGCACUUUGUUUUGACACUCACGUCCACAAGCGCAUAGUGAAGUGGGUCAGACCGUGCCUGAGCACAGGGGAGGAGCACCACUGUGAAGAGCAGCCUCUGAUUGGCUGGAACGAUACGAGCAGUCUUCCGGUUCGUCGAAGCACCAGGGCCGACAGCAGAACCUUCUUUGAUGAUUCGGGUUACUCUCACCUGUCCCUCAGCCUUCACGGACUGAAUGAAAUAUCACAAGAUCAGAGCAGCGUCUUUACAAUGCCUGCGAGUGAGCUGAAGAGAGUCCUAUGGGUGAUGUCCUUCCCUGUGAUCCUGCUGCUGUACCUAACUGUCCCCGACUGUCAAAGAAGGUUCUGGAAGAACUGGUUCAUGGUUACCUUCUUCAUGUCUUCAGUGUGGAUAUCGGCCUUCACUUACAUACUGGUGUGGAUGGUCACUGCUGUGGGAGAAGCUCUGCACAUACCAGACACGGUGAUGGGCCUCACUCUGUUGACUGCAGGGACGAAGAUUCCGGACAUUAUUUCCAGUGUUAUGGUGGCCAGAGAAGGUAAGGGAGACAUGGUAAUGUCAAACACUGUGGGAUCGAGCGUAUUCAACAUGCUGUGUCUGGGAUUGCCCUGGUUCAUCAAGGCAGCACUGGUGGAUCCAGCCUCCCCAGUGGAGGUGAACAGCAGCGGGCUGAUCUUCACUGCAGGGACUCUUCUCCUCUCCGUCACGGUCUUGUACGUAACUGUGCAUCUCAACGGAUGGAAACUGGACAGGAAGCUUGGCCUGGCUUCCUUGUCGUUCUACCUUCUCUUCACAACGUUGACCAUCCUGUAUCAACUCGGGGUUAUAGGCAACAGCCCAGCGCACAUGUGUACUUAAUCAUUCAAUAUCAUCGCAUCUCAGGGACGAGCAGUUAUAUUGAAGACUUGAUCAGUUAUCAAAUCCCGGCUGAUGGAUAUUCGCAGCCGACAUGGAGCAUUAUUGAUCAAGGAAACAUA